GAGAACUCGGGGCGCAGGAAUCACUCGGAAGCAAAAAAGCAAUAUUCUACAACAGGCAAUGCAUCAAAAUGAUCAGAUAGUGAUCGGGCCUGGAUCGUUCCAAGUGCGCGCUCGUACGCUGCAGUCAUGGUGGAGAUGAACUGAACUGAACUGUCACUCAGCACUAAACUCCAGUUUACUGUGCUGCCGAAAUGACCCGUUUGGACUGCGGGCUUCACGCUGGACAAGGAACGUCUCACGUUCGCUUCUUCGUGGUACUUGUGACCGUGCUGGAAAGCUGCAAAGCGCUGGGGUCGGCACGACAGCCAGCAGAGAGAUUCCACCAGGACCUUCCUCAGUAUGAAGUGGUUCACCCCACUAGAGUGGAUGUCAGAGGUCACUUCCUGUCCAACUUCCUGUGCCAUCGUUCCCGCCGCGUACAGCGCCGCGAUGCCUCAGAGGAGUCGAUGGACCAGGAGAGAGUCUUCUACCAGUUAUGGCAUGCGGGUCACAGUUUGCACUUUAACCUGACGCUCAACCCACACCUGCUGGCCCCGGGAUUUCUGUCAGAGAGGAGAUACGGUGGUCUCAAAGGCACAAAGAUCCGUCGCCACGGAACCUCCCAGUGUCAUUUCCUGGGUGAAGUGCGGGAUGAGGCUGCUGUCAAAGGGAGCGCAGCAAUUAGUACCUGUGAUGGACUGACAGGACUUUUCAAGCUGUCAGACGAAGAGUUCUUUAUCCAGCCUUUGGAAAAGUCACAUGACGAGUCCUCAGAGCGGCAGGCCCAUGCCAUCUACAAGCGCCAUGCACCCUCCCCAUUUUGGAGUCCACUUGUAGAGUCCAUCUCAGGGAUACAAACAGUCAACGCUUCCUGUGGAGUCAAAAAAUCCCAUCACAGAUUGGAGGAGACUGAGAGACAGCGAGAACACUGGGAGCAGACCCAGCAGAGGAGGAGAAGGAGGAGGAGGAGGAUCCGUCAACGCUCCGUCAGCAAAGAGAAGUGGGUGGAAACGCUGGUGGUGGCUGACCCUAAAAUGGUGGAAUACCACGGCAGCAAAGGUGUUGAAAGCUACGUUCUUGCUGUUAUGAACAUUGUAGCAGGUCUUUUCCAAGAUGCCAGUAUCGGAAACGCUAUCAACAUUGUUGUAGUUCGACUCGUAGUACUGGAGCAGGAUGAGGAUGACUUAAAGAUUACUCACCAUGCCGACAACAGCUUGAGUAGCUUCUGUAAGUGGCAGAAAGGACUCAACGUGAAGGGAGACGAUCAUCCUCUGCACCACGACGUAGCCGUUCUCCUCACCAGGAAGGACAUCUGUGCAUCCAUCAAUAUGCCUUGUGAAACGCUGGGUUUGUCCCACGUGGCGGGGAUGUGUCAAUCACAUCGCAGCUGCAGUAUUAGCGAGGACACCGGCCUGCCGCUGGCCUUUACUGUUGCGCAUGAGCUGGGUCACAAUUUUGGGAUUCAGCACGAUGGCAACGGUAAUGACUGCGAACCCGUUGGGAAAAGACCUUUCAUCAUGUCUCCACAGCUGCUGUACGGCACCUCUCUACCCAGGUGGUCCCGCUGCAGUCGCCAGUACAUCACACGCUUCCUGGAUCGUGGCUGGGGUCGGUGCCUUGAUGAUGCUCCUGUGACGGAUACGUUUUCACAUGGUUUGCUGCUUCCUGGCAUUCUGUACAGCGCUGCCCAUCAAUGCCGCCUUCAGUAUGGCUCUGGAUCCAUGCUCUGCGAUGACAUGGAUAAUGUGUGCAGCACACUGUGGUGCACUGUGGGAACCACGUGCCACUCCAAGCUGGAUGGGGCUGUGGAUGGGACCAGUUGUGGCAAAGAUAAGUGGUGUUUCGGUGGGGAGUGUGUAGUGGCUGGACAUCACCCAGACAGUGUCAAUGGGGCCUGGGGGUCGUGGACUGAGUGGACAGCCUGUUCAAGGUCAUGUGGAGCAGGAGUUCAGAGUGCUCAGCGAGACUGUGAUGACCCAGUUCCUAAGAACAGGGGGAAAUACUGCCUGGGUGAAAGACAGAGGUAUCGGAUCUGUAACACAACCCCAUGUCAGAGUAACAUACCUACUUUCCGAGAUAUCCAGUGCAGUAACUUCAACAGCGCACCCUAUAAGGGCAAAUUCUACAACUGGGUGGCAGUCAUCAACAGAGUCAGUCCUUGCGAGCUCCACUGCCGUCCAUUGAAUGAACAUUUCUCUGAAAAAAUGCGUGAUGCUGUCCUUGAUGGGACUCCAUGCCUUGAGGGCAACAAAAGCCGAGAUAUGUGCGUCAAUGGCAUCUGUAAGAAUGUCGGCUGUGACUACGUAAUUGAGUCCAACGCCGUGGAGGAUCGCUGUGGGAUAUGUCAUGGUAAUGGCUCUACCUGUACAACUAUAAGGAAAACAUUUGAGGAAAGUGAAGGACUGGGCUACGUUGACAUUGGACUGAUCCCAGAGGGAUCGUGGGACAUCCGGAUUGAGGAGAUGGCUGCAGCUGGAAAUUUUCUGGCGCUCCGUGGUGACAAUCCCAGCAAGUAUUAUCUGAAUGGUGGCUGGACUAUCCAGUGGAAUGGAGAGUACAAGGCAGCGGGGACCGUGUUCACCUACGAACGGACAGGACAUCUGGAGAACCUGACUUCACCUGGGCCCACCACGGAACCACUGUGGAUUCAGCUCCUUUUUCAGGAGAGCAAUCCAGGUGUGCGCUAUGAGUACACGAUCAGUCAAAACGUUGCUGACGACAACAAUAUCCCUGCGUCAGUUUUCUUCUGGAAGUAUGGUUCAUGGACCGAAUGUAGUGUCACCUGUGGAGCAGGUGUUCAGAGACAGAUUGUUCACUGUGUGGAAAGGACCAAUGGGAUAGUGGAUGAGACAUUUUGUGACCCUUUAACCCGACCUGACGAUAACCAAACCAGCUGCAACAAGGAUCCUUGUCCAGCCAUAUGGUGGGUGGGGGAGUGGCACAAAUGCUCAGCAAGCUGUGGCAGCUCUGGCAUGGCUAAGCGGACAGUGCUGUGCAUACAAGCCAUCAGUGUGGAGGAGCAGCAAGCCCUACAGCACAGUGAAUGUGAACACAUCCCAAAACCUGAGUCUGUAUCAUCAUGCAACACACACAUCCCAUGCCCGGCAGACUGGACUACUGGCAGUUGGUCAAAGUGCUCACUAACCUGUGGAAGUGGAGUACGUCGUCGUAAUGUUGUUUGCUCCAGGAACACUGGUGUGGACUGUGACCUGCAAAGUAAACCUCAGUCUGUCAGUACUUGUAACAUUCAAGACUGCCCACAGGUUGUGGAUAAUUUCGGAGGAAUUGACUGGUCUGGAAGUGGUUGGACAAGCAAGGAAGUAUUCAAUGAAAUCAACUCCAUACCUAAGUACAGUCCAACCAAAGUCCAAUCAAAAAAUCCAGAUGACUUGAAUAACAUUUUGGAAGACUUUCAUUACCACAAUAGGAUAGAAAGUGAUGAGGGUUCUCUUGGGAAAAGCCUGAAAGUGGAUGACUUUUAUUAUGACUACAACUUCAUCAACUUCCAUGAAGACUUAUCGGAUGAGAGUGAUGGAACAGAGUCAAGAGACAGUCAGGAAAUAGAUUUUCCACAAGAGGAAGAGCCACCCCACAGUGGGAAGGACACCAGUCAUUCUUCAAAACCUGCAGAACCACACAUUAUCAAUCCUGGCAAUGUGAAGGACAAUGGAAACUCUGGCACAGAAGAACCAGCUGAAAUCCAUUCUGAAACUUUUGAUGACGACCUCUUUUGGGAUUAUUUUCUACCUGUAUCCACCACUAGAUCCCCACCUUUGUCUACUACAGAGCAUUCAUCAGUGCUUAAAGAGCGAUACAAUGAUCUCCUCUGGUCUGAAAAUAUUAGCACAAGACCCCCUCUGGAAGUCACUACCAGGCAUCCUACAAAGACUGAGAAUAUGAGGCAAGAUAGGGAACAGGCAAAAAAGAACCAUGAUUCCAGUGCGGAGGAGAAUCACACAGAAAUAUCCACAGUGACUCCAACACACGCUGCGUCAACUUCUAUACUUCAAGAUGAGAAUCGUCACACGGUAACACUGACAGCGAGCACCCAAGAGGAGGAUGACUUACUAUUGCAGAAUUCUUACACCGCAACACAUUUUUCUCCUCCUCAGGUUUUAAAGAGCCCUUCCAUGCCAGGGACUGACGGAGGUCAAAUAAAAAUGAACAAGCAUGCACUCCAAAUGGAAGCAAAUACAUUUGAAAUAUCUACUUCACAAAUUACCAAUGAAUCAAUAGUUUUUUCACCUGCCCUUAUACUUGCAGAUUUGGAUCCCACUCAUCACAGUACAGAUUCAGGGCUGUCUCACCAUGGCCUCAUUACGACCUCACUGCCUCCCUCUGAGAGUCAGACUCCUCUCCUUUCCCCAGAUAUAUUAAUGCCAAGUAACCAGAAUGUCCCUGAUGAUGUCGUAUUGUCUACGGGAACACAAUUCAUACCUCCUCCUGACCGGGAAAGAUACUCUCAGCCCCCGCCAGAUGAUUAUGAACAAGCUACAGUGGAACCGAUACCAUCCAAACCUGCAUCUAUUGAAAGGACUACAACAGACCCAGCAUCAUUUUUUUUAUAUGAUUUUGACUACAGUGAAGUAGUAGUCCCCCCCACGGUGAGGUCUGAUCCUGACACUUAUUCCACUCAAGCUGUUACCACACAAACACAGAAUAUUUUGCCAACCCAGCAUCUGCAUCUUUGGCCACGUCCUUUGACAUCAGUACAAACGCCAACCCCUACACAAGUCACAGCCUACUGGGUCACUGGCAACUGGAGCUCGUGCUCCACAAGCUGUGGUCUGGGUGCCAUCUGGAGGACUUUGGCCUGCAGUACUGGCUCCGAGUUCGAUUGUGACCCAGCCAAGAGGCCCACACCUGCCCAGCGCUGUUACCUGAGACCGUGCUCCAUGUGGAAAAUUGGGGAAUGGAGUAAGUGCUCCAAGAAUUGUGGAGUUAGUAUGAAGUCACGGGAUGUCCAGUGUUUCGACAUGCGGGAUCAAAGACCGCUACGACCUUUCCACUGUCGGGCUAUGUCCAUCAGGCCACAAAGCCAAACGCCCUGUCACCUUCAGCCAUGUCUCGACUGGUACACCUCAUCCUGGGGGCAGUGUUCAGAGGUUUGUGGAGGAGGUGGGCAACAGCGUAUUGUCACCUGUCCAGAAGAGGGCCAAUGUGACAUUGACCUUCAGCCCAGCAACAUCCGGCGCUGUAACACUCAACCUUGUGCUCAGUGGCUCACAGGAUCUUGGGGACAGUGCUCAGUUACAUGUGGCAGUGGAGUACAGCGGCGACUCAUCAAGUGUGUGAACACAAAGGCUGAGAAAGAACAAGAAGUGGAUCAAGCUCAGUGUGACCACCAGCCGCAACCGGACAGCACGCAGAAGUGUAACUUAGAUGAGUGCCAGAGCGCCCCCUCUGGAGCCACUUGUCUUGCCGAUCGUCUGUCAUCUCGCUUCUGUCAGACUCUGCGCUGGUUGGGCCGUUGCCAAUUGCCCAACGUACGAGCACAGUGCUGCAAAACCUGCAACCAGCCUCCAGCACGGCCUGGCAGCACCAGUCGCCACUGAACCGGAGAUCUUAGGUGGACUUGCAACAUGUUCAUCUUCAACAAGCUCACUGAUGGCAGCACUGAGUGAAAAAGCACGAAUAAGGCCAUUCUCAUACUUAGUGGAUUUCAUCACGUCAGCGGACUCUCUUCUUAUAUCCUCUGUGUAGUCGUGGUAGGAAUGUAAAUAAUUAUUUGCACUUUGUAGAUAAAACCAGAAUGGCUGAGUGACUUCUUGACUUCAAUGUCACAGACAAAGGCGACAAAGGAUGAGGCUUUCCCAUCAAUGUAGCCUGCUAAAUCUAUUCUACAUUUACACAACAAGACAAGCCACACAUGAAUAUUGCCAUAUUGGUUAGUAGUAGGUACAAUGUUCUCUUAAAUAUGCUGACAUUUACACAAUAUAUGGUCAUCCAAGGUCAGGUCGUGGGGGCAGCAGCCUAAGCAGGGAGGCUCAGACUUCCCUCUCCCCGGCUACUUCAUCCAGCUCCUCCCGGUGGAUCCCGAGGCAUUCCCAGGACAGUCGAGAGACAUCGUCUCUCCAAUUUGCCCUGGGUCUUCCCCGAGGCCUCCUACCAGUUGUAAAUGUCCUGAACACCUCCCCAGGUAGGCAUCCUGACCAGGUGCCCAGGCCACCUCACCUGGCUCCUCUCAAUGCAAAGGAGCAGUGAUUCUCUAGGGCCCUAUAAUUGGUAUACAGUGGAUCCCUGCACAUUGGUGAUUCAGCAUUCACUGCACCGCAAGUUUGUGGAUUUUUGGUCAAAAUUUUUUGUUUUUUAUUUUUGUUCUCCUAAAACAGGCAAUUUUUUUUCCACAGAAAAAAAAAAUCAUUCACCAUAAGUUGGUAAUAAUUUAGAAAUACGACAUAAUAAUGGUAAAAUGUACAGCAUAUGUGUACCACAGCCCACAAUUUUUACAUGUUUAUGUCGUUAUGCUUCACUUAUAAUAUUUUUGGAAAGAGCUGAUAGAGUUGAUUUCGCAUUUUGUUCAGCGGGCGUUGAAAGCACCAUAGUUGUGUGGUCUGACUGGCUCCACCGUAAUCCCGAUUCCCUCUGUUUAUCAAUCAUCGUACAUUAUCAUUCACUAGUGAGGAGUACCUUAUUAGGGGUGCACGGUAAUUAUUGGACCAAUAUGAGGGAAUUAUGACGUCAUACCAAUAAUUCCGAUAACAUAAAAAAAUAGCUCAUGUAGCCGAUAAAUUUUUUUUAAACACUCCAAUGAGGCGUGAGCAAAUCAAGCGCUUCUUUUUUCUCCUGCCGGUGACGUGAACGGCCUGUCGUAACUUUCCCUCAGCUUACUUGUAAACAAACGUUCACUGUUUCAGCGAUCGAAGUUUUCUGUAUCACAUUGGUCUUGAGAAGCACAAAGUUAUCAGUAUCGGUUUGAAUGAAAAGAUAUCGUGCAUCUGUAGUACGUAUACAUUUUAUACUAAAAUGUGUUUAAUAAGUGAAGCAUAUUUCAGGCUUGAACCUGAAUUGUGUCCCAAGUGAACAAUGACAAUUGAAGUUGGUGGGUGCGGGGGUCAAAAAUAGACAUUUGUGUCUGGAUUGUGUUACUCGAUUUUAAUAUUGAAAUUAAAAACUGAAUGGUGCUAAAAAAAAAAACUAAAAAAGAACAUCAGGGCCAAACAAUCCUAAAAAUGGUGCUUACUACCUAUCUGAGGUAGUACAAACUAGAACAUAUAGUCAUGGAAAAAUGAUCAGGCCACCCUUGUUUCUUCAGUGUCUUGUCUGGUACAACUAAAGGUACAUUUGUUUGGACAAAUAUCAUGACGACGACAAACAUAGCCUGUAAGAGUUGAAUUUAAGAGCUGAUAUCGAUUCCAUGGUUUUCCUGAUAAGAACCAAAACCACUUCAGUUCUUACAGUAGUAGCUAUUAGGGAUGUGAAUCUCUUUGUGGUAGACGAUUACAUUCGAAUCUAGAUACACGCGUGACGAUGCGAUUCAAAAACAAUAUAUUUUAAAAACAGAACGAUUCGAUACAGUGUACAAACGAUACGAUUCCAUUCCACGGUUAAUGUUUGUUGAUGUAGACAUAAUCUCACUUCUAAAAUAAAGAUGCCAAUGAUAUGAAAGUGGCAUUCUUACAGUAUUUUCAAAUGUGUAAAAGAGCACAUUAUAUCCCCAAGUAGGGAUCAUUGAAAAAUAACAGAAACUGAUCUUUAGAGCUUCUAAUCAACGUAAACAUGAUGUCCCCCCGAAACAAAAAAUCCGAAUUGGGCAUCAUACACUACAGCCUUAAACACCCGGUGCUCUUCUCGACAAUGGAUUAAUCGAAGGAACGAUACAGCAGUCUGCAGCUCUUGUUCGUCAAAACCAUAGCCUCGGUUUAUCGUUCACAACCCUAAUAGUUGUAGCAGGGGUCACCAACGUUUUUCCUUGAGAUGUACUCUUACAAAAUGAAAAUGGCCAAGAGCUACUAAUUUUUGUAACAAACAAAGCGAAUAUGCUUGUUUUACCAGAACAUGAACAAAAUGCUGGUGUCCACAACUCACAUUUUGUAUUUCAGAAUGCAUUUCUUUCUACUGUUCUUUCAUUAUUAACUGAAAACCUGAAUGAAAAGCAGGCUUGCGGGCACCUCAUGUGGUCGUGGGGGGGCUACCUGGUGCCCACGGGCACCACGUUGGUGACCCCUGAGCUAUAGCGUUGCACUGCCAAAUGUAACUCUUAUGAGCUAAUUUUGCUGUCAUCAUUAUAUUUGUCCGAACAACAAACUGAAGAAACGAGGGUGGUCUAGUCAUUUGUCCCAUGACUCUAUUUGGUGCUCGAGGAGGCAAUGUUCGGAAUACUGUGUUUUCUACGUUUGACGCUGCAAUGUGUGGCCUGUCAGUGUUACUGUUUUCUACAUUCAGAGCUACAGUACAGGUAGGAAUGAUGUUUAGAGUGCACUUAGUGUCAUUCCUUAUAAGAAGGGCUAAAAGCCGCUCUCCAAAGCUAUAUGAGUGUCUCAGACCCAUACUGCUCUAAAAGCCUUUGAACCAGUAAGAACGAAUGUAGUGUGGCUACUGUCAAAAGACAGUCAACUAGGGCCUUACAGUAUAUAAUUCAAUGCCAAACAUCACAUGCCUCUAUGGUAGGUAGGGGUGUCACAAGAUGAAGUCUCAAUAAUGAGACAACUACGCUGCUUCGUUAUCACUGUCCAUUUCAUAGGAGCAGAUGCUUUCACAUGGCCAAAAAUAUCAUCUUCAUCCUUCAUGAUGGUCUUUGACUAGCUAUUUAGCAUCCGGUGUCGUAGUAAACAACGGCGUCUGAGGCACCGUCCGCAUGAAUCUGACAUCUUACAUAAGGUCUUCAAUCUUGCGAAUGAAUGGUUCCUCAACUUGUUUUGUUUUUUUUUUUGCCGCUUCCACUGAUGUAUGAAGAAGCCAACCAAUCACAGCUCUGCAGUAGCAUUUUUGGGAGGUGCAUGUCAAGCUCUGCCUGGGAGUUUUGGAGGGGGCGGAGCCAGUGGUGCCGCAGCAUAAUUCAGCAUAACUGCAGCUCGGGGACCAUUUGUCGCCCACAGAUGUUUUUUUUAUUGGCCCGCGGCACAUUCUAAAAUUAUAAUUUAACAAGAAAAUGUAAAAAAAAAAAACAAGGCAAAAAUUUUUAAAUCGGCAGUAAUUUUACAAAAAAUAAAGUCAAAAUAUUAAAACAGAAAAUGUCAUAAUUUUACGAGAAUAACGAAUAUAUUAUAAGGAAAAAUAGCAUUUUAGUAGCAGAGUUGAAAUAUUAAAGAAAAACAUAUUUUUUUUUAUAAGCGGUAACAUUAUGAAAAACAAUUUUUUUGGAAAAUUAGGUUGUGAAAAAAGUUACGAUGUUAUAAGAAUAAAUUCAAAAUAUUAUGGGAAUAAAGUCAUAAUUAUGAGAAGAAAGUUUACAAGAGGAAAAUUGAAAUAAUUGGGCAGGGAAAACAACUGUAAUUUUAUGAGAAUAAAGUCAAAAUAUUAAGAGAAAAAAGUUGUAAUUUAAUGCAAAAAAGUUGUAAUUUAAUGCAAAAAAAGUUGUAUUUUAAUGCAAAAAAAGUCAUAUUAUGGGAAAAAUUUAUUUUUAGUAACAGAAAGUUGAAAUAUUAUUUUAGUUUGUUGUUUUUAAGUCUAAGUCAUAAUAUUAUGAGAAACAAACUACACAAAACAAAGUUGUACUUUUUGGAAAAUUAGGUUUGGGGAAAAGUUAUAAGUUAAUGAUGUCCAAAUAUUUUGGGAAUGAAGUCAUUAUAGUACUACAAGAUUACAAAUAUUAUGAAAAAAUUUCAAAUAUUUGGAAAAUAAUUUUUUUUAAACAGUAAAAAUGGGGGGGAAAGAGCAAAGUUGAUAUUAAUAAUGGGCUUUUUCAUCUAUAUGACAAAGCUGAGAUGCAUUUUUUUCUUGAAAUAUAUCGAACUUCUGAGCUAGGUGUGUCACAAGAUCUUGCAAGAUUAAAACGUGGCAAGAUUACUCGUUCAGAAAAAAAAGUCUCGUGGGCACUAGGCCUGGGACGAUAAUACAUUAAUGAAUUAAUCACACAAAUGAAAAUGAACUGCAUAAUUUUGCCGGCCUGUAUUGUCAUGUGCAUGCGUGUCUGUUUGCCCCUUUAUCGCCGCCUCCAAACAGGCAGGAAGAGGAUUCACUCUGUGCAUUGGUUUCAGCAUCUUGGCACGUUUUUUUCCAUAGAACAACAGCAUGAUCUGAGUGAGCCCUUUUGUCAGUUGUACAGUCUCGGUGGGUGGAGGCGGGGCCGCUAGCAUACACACAGAGUGCGGAAGAGUGUAGCCUCAUGAGGAGCACUGCAAGGUAACAUCCUAGAAAUUAGGAAUGUUAAAAUGUCUUGAAGACCCAAUCGUGUGCAUCAUCUCGUCUCGUGACACCCCUACUCGAUGGCUCUAGUUUUGACAAUGUUUUUCAUAUAUACUAUACUCUGAAAGGUCGCUAGCUUCGUUGACUGCAGUGAAAGUAUUUCUCAGGUAUCUGCUAAAAAAGAAACCAACAGGUAUAAGUACAGAAACAUCUCACACACUGGCGAUUCCUAGAUUUUAUAUGGUAUUGUCACUUAAUGUCUUGUGAAUGUAUUAUUUUAAUAGUAAAAGGGACUUGUACUUUGAAUGAAAAUACUGCAAACUCUGUAUAAGUUUCAGCAAUUAGUUACUGGUGAUGGAAAAAUAGGAGUAAAAGCUGUUUUUCCAAUUCACUGUUGGGAUUCUCUCAACAUUUUCUGUUAUUUAGUUGAUCAUAAGAAUAAAGUCCUGCCUUUACUCUAACUCCUACAGCUAAAAAAGCAAAAAUGUAAAGUGGAGUAAAUGCAGGAGACACUCGACGUUCUCCAUUUUUAGCAUAUCUAGUUUCGACUGAUGUGUUCGAUGUGAGAGCAUGGAGCGGAGCUGUGCUGAACUGAAAAGUGGCGUAAAGGUGCUCCAGCUCUGUUAGGCUAACUGCUUUACGUCAUUAACUGAACAUUUCAUGGUUCACUUUGCAAAAGGCAGCACUUUGAGAUGACCUGUAAAGCAGAAAAGAAUAUUAAUCCUCUAUCUCUGGUGUGAUCAGUCAGUAAAAUAAUGAAAUAGGGCACAAGUACAGUCGUCCCUCGCAAUAUCACGGUUCGAUUGUCGCUCCCUUGCUACAUUGCCAUUUUUCAGACAUUCAUUAAUUAAUGAUGGCUGUUUUGUGGUAGACUGUGGUCUAUUAUUAGUCAAAGCGUAUAGUAAUGCACGUGAUAUGUAGUAUUCUGGCCACUAGGCGACAGUAAUGUUUAUUACAUUACCCUACCUUGCGCUGCAUGCGCCAGCCAUGGACGCAGAGUGAAAAAAGGUUCUACUCCCAUUUCCUGUGGAAGUCGUAAGUUUGUGACUUCCUACUUUGUCCUUCUUCCCCACUCUGUUUGAAACCCUUUAAGUUUAGAAGAAAUAAAUUUGAGGCUAACUGGUUAGCUCGCUAGCCAUCUAGAGUCCCUGUGGCAUAAAAUUGUUGUGCAAUCCGGUGUAAGCAAUGGACAAUAGGAGUGUAAUUGUGACUAUAGGGGUGUUAUUUCAUGUCUACAGGGCUCUAAUGUUUAAAAAAAUGUAUUUAGAAACUCAUAAAUAGGUUUUCUAUGCUCCAACUAUGAAAAUAUUUCAUUUAUGAAUAUUGAAUCCUAUACCGCGGUCUGGUCUGGAACCAAUUAACCGCAAUAAACGAGGGAUUACUGGAUACAGUUUUCAUCAAGACUUGUGCAUGCAUACUAGAGGUGUCCUGUAAAAAUGCUCUUUGUGUUAUUUGUU